UUAUCAAGCAACUCAACGAGCUAAAACCAAAUCGAAUGCGUGACACGGAAACUCGGCUACCUCCCGAAACGCCCUCGGGCUCUGUCAAGCCUAAAAGCAAAGGAACAGACCGAGAGAGAGAAGUUGAGUUAGUGGCCUGUGUAUUAUCGGAGGAGGUGUGGUGUUCUGGUCACAAAAAUAUGAUGGGCUGACUGCUCCGUCCCCUUACAGUCCGAAACUGUCUACCUCAUUCUGCAGAAACCAUGGUGCCACCGCCAUCUAGACCUAGAUUCGACUAGACAAGGUAAUCCUGUGAGCCAUGUCAGAUAGUCUGACAGAAGAAGGGGGAGGGGGAGGGACGAGACCCCCCCCUGCCCCGGUGGCUCCUCCCCCCUCCCAGCACACCCCCCAGCGGCAGACGUCCCACCUGCAGAGGGACCCCCAGCACCUCUCCAUCUUCACACCAAGGCUCUACCAGAUGGAGCUACUAGACGCAGCCCUGGAGAAGAACACUAUCGUGUGUCUGGGGACCGGCUCGGGGAAGACGUUCGUGGCCGUGAUGCUGAUCAAAGAGCUCAGCAGCCAGACUAGAGCGGCCCUUAACGAUGGGGGGAAGAGGACAAUCUUCCUAGUCAACAACGUCCCCCUGGUGUCCCAACAAGCCGCAGUCAUCACCACUCACACCAACCUCAGCAUCGGGGAGUACGUGGGCGCCAUGGGGGUGGACCUGUGGUCGCGCGAGCGCUGGCGGCGGGAGUUCGACGCGCACCACGUGCUCGUGAUGACGGCGCAGAUCUUCCUGGACGUCCUUCAGCACGGAAUCCUCCCGCUCUCCCGCGUGAAUCUGCUGGUCAUCGACGAGUGUCAUCACGCAGUCGGACAUCACCCCUACAGGGAGAUCAUGAAGGCCUUCGACACUUGCCAGGUACAGGACUAUCCAAGGGUUCUUGGGUUGACGGCCUCCAUCCUCCAGGGAAAGUGUGCGCCCGACAGUCUGUUGCAGCGGGUCAGGAGCCUGGAGGUCACACUAAGGAGCACAGCGGAGACGGCCACAGAUCUGGUGGGAGUGGACCGGUACACGACGCAGCCCAACGAAGUCGUCAUCGAGUCUGGGUCUGCACAGAACGAGACCGGCCUCAGUCAGGCGCUGCAGACCCUUCUGGAUGAUGCCCUGGCGUUCAUCUCCAGCUGCAAAGUGCGCGUGACUGUGGAGGAGGGGGAGAGGGACCCCUGCCAGGUGCCGAAGCAGGCGAUACAGGAGUGCCGGGCCAUCCUGGAGGUGCUGGGAACCUGGGCCACUCGCCGGGCUGCCAUCCUCAUCAACCGCGAGCUGGAGAAGCUCAUCAAGCAUGAGUGGAGUGAGCAGCACCAGUUGUUCCUGCGCUGGGUGCACACUGUUAUGCACCACGUCCACCUGCUGUGCGACGAGGCCUUCAAAGACUCGGAGGACGUCGACGUCCGGUACGUCACUCCCAAAGUCCGGCGUCUGCUGGAGGUGCUGCGGGAAUGCAAACCCAACGAAGUGCAAUCAGACAACGGGGAGAGUAGCGUUAACGGCCCGGCGGUCCCGGAAGCAUCCAGAAACGGGCCCCGGGGCGGGGGCGGCUUCCACCACAAGGGGACGAACAACAACGGCGCCCCCCGUAAUGGACCUCACCACAAUAACUCCUCAAAGAGUGUGAGCAAUAUGAAUAGCAAGAACCACUACCACAGCUCCCGUCGGCGGGACAACCUCGAUAAUCAGGACCCAAAUACCUCAUUCCAGUUGUGUGGGAUCGUGUUCGUGGAGCGCAGAUACACCGCUGUGGUGCUCAACAAGCUCUUACAGGAAUUUGCGAAGAGCGACGCGGACCUGUCCUAUAUCUCAAGCAGCUGCAUCACGGGCCACGGGCUGAGCUCGCGCGGGAUGCGGAGCCGGGAGACGGAGAUGGCGUUUCGGCGCCAGGAGGAGAUCCUCCGCCGCUUCCGCAUGCAUGAGAACAACCUCCUCAUCGGCACCAGCGUGGUGGAAGAGGGAGUGGAUGUGCCCAAGUGCAACCUGGUCGUGAGGUUCGACCUGCCGAGGGACUACCGUUCGUACGUGCAGUCGAAGGGACGUGCGCGGGCACAGGGUUCGCACUACGUAAUGCUGGUGCAGCAACACGAGCUGGACGCAUUCAAGGAAGACCUGGUGCAGUUCAAGGGAAUAGAGAAGAUCCUGCGUCAGAAGUGGGCUGAGCACGAGAUGCCUCAGGAGGAAGAGAUCUGGGAACACCUGUGUGACGACAUGGUCCCACCCUACAUGCCUCGUCAGGUCGACGGCGGCCCCAGGGUCACCAUGACUUCAGCCAUCGGGCUGGUCAACAGAUACUGCUCGAAGCUGCCCAGUGACGUGUUCACCCACCUGACGCCGAAGUCUCGGGUGGACAGCGCGAGCGGCGCGGACGGCACCAAGUACGUGGCGACGCUCUACCUCCCCAUCAACUCCUCCCUGAGGGACCCCAUCCGAGGGCCCGCCAUGCCGACACGCAGGCUGGCCGAGAAGGCUGUGGCUCUCAAGGCAUGUCAGCUACUGCACCAGGCUGGUGAGCUGGACGAUAACCUGCUGCCGGUGGGGAAAGAGGUGAUCCACUACGAGGAGGAGGAGGAAGAGUUUGAGGUGGAGGACAGCGACGGACAUGCCAGACCGGGGACCACCAAGCGCCACCAGGUCUACAAGAAACAGAUCCCCAAGGCCUUCCAACAGAGCCUGCCUGUGCCGGGAGCCUCCUGCUACCUCUACAUCAUUGACAUGGUCCUCACCGAGCCGCUUCCCGAAGAGCUGAACAUCCGCGGGCGCAAGCUGCACCCUCCCGAGGCAACCACCCGCUGCUUUGGACUGCUCACCUCCAAACACGUUCCACAGAUCCCGUGUUUCCCGGUGUACACCCGGUCUGGUGAGGUGUCCAUCUCGCUGCGUCUGUGUGCCAGUGGGAUCCACGUGGACCAGAACCAGCUGCGUCUGGUGCAGAACUUCCAUGGCUACGUGUUCUCCCACGUUCUGCGGCUGGAGAAGAAGCCGCUACACUACGUCCCCACUGACCUCCAGUCGUGGUACUUCGUCGUACCCCUCAACAAAGGUGUUCUGGCUGACAAUGUGGACCAGCUGUUCAUAGACUUCAAUUUCCUGGAGCAUAUCGACCAAUCGCUGGACAAGGAGAAGCCGAAGUACUCCCACAACAAUCCAUUCAAGUUCCAAGAAUCUGACUUCAUCGAUGCUGUAGUCACACCCUCCUACAGGAAUGCAGAUCAGCCGCAGAGGUUCUACGUUGCUGAGAUAUGCUACUCCCUGAACCCACGAAGCGAGUUCCCGUCCGCUGACUACGCCACCUUCGACGAGUACUACCUGAAGCGUUACGGCGAGGCCAUCACCAACCUGGGCCAGCCCCUGCUGGACGUGGACCACACGUCUUCCCGGUUAAACCUGCUCACCCCGCGCCACCUCAACCAGAAGGGCAAGGCUCUGCCAACCAGCAGCGCAGAGACCAGGAAGGCCAAAAGGGAAAACUUACAGAGCAAGCAGAUCCUGGUGCCUGAGCUGUGUGAGAUCCACCCCGUCCCGGCCUCCCUGUGGCGCAAAGCCGUCUGCCUGCCCAGCGUGCUGUACAGAGUUACCACCUUGCUGAUCGCCGAGGAACUGCGGGUGCAGAUCGCCCAGGAGGCCGGCAUCGGUCAGGCCGUCCUGCCAGAGGGGUACACGCACCCGCGACUCGAGUUCCCACACCUCAAGAAAGGUGAGGAGGUGGUGUUUGAGCCUCCCGCCCGGCCGGAGAAGAGCCGAGCGUCCCCGGAGCAGCAGAAGGAGGAGUCUCCGUGGUUCGAGAUCUCGGCCUGGAACCCUGACGAUGUGGACGAUGAGGAGGAGGAGGAGGAGAUGGAGGACGACUUUGGGGACAGGUGGGACAUAUCAGAGGAGGAGUGGCGGGCGUUCCAGGACAACGUGAUGCUCCUGGACACGCCGCUCGUGCCGGCCGCGUCACUAGGCAACAAGAGACAACAGGGACAACACAACGGUGCCAAAAAAGUGAACAACCACACAAACAGGCUGGACCUGAGCGAACUGGAUCUGUCAAAGGCGAGUCUACUAGACAACGACGAAGAAGAUGACUUCCCCAUCCUCGUGGUUCCUGGUGAUGCCGGCAACGACAGACUCUCUAAGACAGGUAUGAGUAAUGGGCAGAUAACGCCAGAGGAAGGCGGACAUAAGAUGGGGCGACCGGCACACGAGAGAAAAGUGAAGCCGGACAGCAGAAGCGUCGGCCCAGGCAACAAUGCUACCUCAGGCAACGGUAUCAGUGGGGAGGGCGUCAGGAGUAGUCCCAACGUGUCCAGCAACAACAUGCCUGAUCUCAAAAAUAGCAGCAUCCCUGAAUCUACCUCAUCAUUUCUGGAGCCUAUGCUUGACCUGGACCUGGACGCCCACCCGGGUCCCUCCCCCAGCCUCAUUCUUCAGGCGCUCACACUGUCCAACGCCGGCGACUUCUUCAACUUGGAGCGACUGGAGACGAUCGGGGACUCGUUCCUGAAGCACGCGAUCACGACGUACCUGUACUGCACCUACUCACGCGUGCACGAGGGCAAGCUCUCCUACAUGCGCAGCAGACAGGUCUCCAACCUGAAUCUGUACCGCCUGGGCAAGCGGAAGGGGCUGGCCUCGCGCAUGGUCGCGUCCAUCUUCGACCCGGCCGUAAACUGGCUGCCGCCCGGAUUCUGCAUUCAGAACAACCGGGAAGACCAAGAGGACACAGUUUCCAACACUAAGGACUCCUGCCUGGAAGUGGAGCCGCCGGGUGGAAACGGCAUGACUACCUCAAGAAACCCGAUCGCCCAAGUCGUGGCCGGUUACAACAACAACGUCGUGGCCCCUCUGAGGGCGUCGGUGCUGGUGAACGGAGACGCCAUGAAGCGGCUGCUGUCCUACGACCUGCACAUGGAGCACUGCAUCGCCGACAAGAGCAUCGCGGACUGCGUCGAGGCGUUGUUGGGGUGUUACCUCACCACGUGUGGGCCUCGGGCCGCACAGCUCUUUCUGUGCUGGCUUGGAGUCAAGGUUUUGCCCAAAACCAAUGCCGACCCCACGGAUGAUUUGGACCAGUUUGACUUCGCCGAGCCCGAUGCUGACUCUUUCGACGACCUUGCCGGGCUGGACUCGUCCUACGAGGACUGGGAACAGAACCCCAGCACCGCGUGCGACCUUGAGACCUUCAUGAAGGUCAGCUGCGCGGAGGAGUGUGGGUACAUCUCGCCGCCCAAGCCGCCGUUGUUCCACCACGUGUCCCACGCCCAGGAGAAGCUGGCCCACAUGCUGUCAGGCUACCGGCAGCUCGAGGAAACGGUUCAGUACAGAUUCAACGACAAGGCAUACAUGCUGCAGGCUUUCACGCACCCCUCGUACCACUACAACACCAUCACCGACUGCUACCAGAGACUGGAGUUCCUGGGAGACGCGGUCCUUGACUACCUCAUCACCAACCACCUCUUCAAGGACCCCCAGCAGCACUCACCAGGAGCGCUCACUGAUCUCCGUUCUGCUCUUGUCAACAACACGAUCUUCGCUUCGCUGGCCGUUAAGUACGACUACCACAAGUACCUGAAGUUCGUUUCUCCGGAGCUGUUCAACAUCAUCAGCAACUUCGUGCAGUUCCAGCAGGAGCAGGGGGAGGAGCAGGGCAUGGACUCACAGCUGAAGACGUACAUCAAUGAUGAAGGGGAGGAGGAGAGUGAGGACAUCGAGGUGCCGAAAGCGCUCGGAGACGUGUUUGAGUCCGUUGCCGGGGCGAUUUACCUGGACAGCGGAAUGUCCCUAGAGACAGUCUGGAGGGUCUACUACAGGAUGAUGAAACCCCUCAUAGACAAGUUCUCUGCGAAGGUGCCUCGCUCCCCUGUACGGGAACUGCUGGAAAUGGAGCCUGAGACAGCCAAGUUCAGUCCAUCAGAGAGGACCUACGACGGGAAAGUGCGGGUGACCGUCACCGUCAUAGGCAAGGGUCAGUUCAAGGGCGUCGGGCGCAACUAUCGCAUCGCCAAGUCGGCCGCGGCGCGCAAGGCGCUACGGGCGCUCAAAGGAGCCAAGAUCUAAUAACCGGACACGGAGCUUCCUACAUCCCCUGUAGAGUACGCUAUCUCAUCUUCAGGCGCACCGAUUUAAUUUGUUGGUUCUCGGAUUUUUUUAUUUCGAAGUUUGGUUAACUGGAAAAAACUCAUGAAUGAAAACAAAGUCUGAGGACCAGGUUGAUGCCUAGGUGCCCUCAGUUUUUGUUUUUUUUUGUCUUAAAUACAGUCAUAUUCAAGUUUUCUGCCUAGCCCUCUGAUUUUAUGAUGUCUACUUGGUAUAGUUUGAACUUAAAAUGCCCGAGAACCAAGGGAUUCAAUUGGUGUGGCCUCACCACCUGCAACAGUCACGCAGUGGGCACAGCUUGGCCUUUCUGGUUGGGACGGGGAGGGGGGGGUAGAGGGACUGUGAGGCUGGAAGCUUAGCCACAAUAAACAUUUCUGUAACCCGGCAUCACAAGGGAUAUCAACAACAGGAUGGGGAAUAUUGGCACGUCAUCAGAUAGUACAGUAACUGUACCUGCGCGAAACCCGUAAUGUAUUGUGUGCAUAGCACUUUGACAGUCUGUUUAAGGUUGUACGUGUGUAUUUAAGGACGACAUCCCGUCUAUAGCUUUCAAGUGUUGCGUCAGAAAAGAUUUCGCCUGCAACGGGCAAAAUUCUGAUGCAGCGUUGACCAAACGUAAAAUGAAAGACGUAAAAAAUCUGGGUUUCACACAGGCACUGUAACGUUCUACUGACAUGCUGGCAAUAUCAUGCUUCUAAAGAAUGCUUACCUUUAGUGCACCUGUAUAUGAUAUGCCAGUUCCACCGUGCUGUGUUGGUGUGCAGGGGUGUGAGUGAUGUGACGCCACAAACAAGUCGUGUUAAAUCUAGUAGGGCCACUGUGUAUAUUACAUGUACAUGUAUGUGGUGAGGGCCAUCAAGUUUCAUGAUGGUUGUAUGGUUGAACAUUAGG